CCACAAACCGACCAGACCAUCUUCACCCGAACCACACCGCCGCCCUCUGCUCUGCUGCCCCCAUCCUCGCAAAGUCCUCCGCCCCAGCGCCGCCGCCGCCGCCGCCGCCGCCGCUUCCUCCUCCCUCCCGCCGGCCCCCCAUCAUGGAGGUCGAGGACGAGGAGACCCUGACCGCGCUCCUGGAGGCCGCGAGGACCCGGGAGGGCCGGGCCGCGCUCGCCGACGCGCUCAGCGACACCCUCUGCCUCCUGCCCGCCUCCCCGGUGCCGCUGCUCCUCCUGCGCCUCCGCCUCGUCCGCAACCUCCUCGCGGGCGACUCCAACAACCAGCGCACCUUCGUGCUCCUCUCGGGCCCCGCCGCGGUCGCCUCCUCCGUGCUCGCCCUCCCCUCCCUCGCCCCCGACGUCGCGCGCGCCGCGCUCCAGGCGCUCGGCAACGCCGCGCUCGGCGGGGACCGGAACCGCGAGGCCGUCUGGGACGCGCUCUUCCCGGGGCCGCUGCGGGAGCUCGCCGGGGUCCCGGACGCGGGGGUCGUGGACCCGCUCUGCAUGGUGCUCGACACCUGCUGCUCCGGCGAGGCCGGCCGCGCGAGGCUCCGGGAGCUCUGCCAUCAGGACGUGGGGCUGCCGAUACUCGUCCAACUCGUCACUACCGCCUCGCGAGUGGGGCACAAGGAAGAAUGGUUGGAGUGGCUUCUCGUCAAAAUCUGUGUUGAAGAGGAGAUGUUUGAAACCUUGUUUACAGCCUUAGGUUCAACUGAUAGUGCUGAGCAUAGUGAUGGUGGUGAAUCUGGAAAUGGGUUUACUGCUAAGCAUGCAUUUCUUCUGGGUACAUUGUCAAGAUGUUUGACCGAACGACCUGAAGAAGUUAUUGUCUCAAACAGUUUUGCACUUCACGUCCUGAAUGUGCAGAAGCAUGCUGCUGAGAAUGUGGAUUUUACUUGCCGGGGUAGCUCUUCUCUUCCAACUGGUUGCCCUGAAAUCGAUGUCCUUGGAUAUUCGUUGCUGCUCUUGAAGGACAUAUGUGCAUGGGAACCCGCUUCGUCAGAGAGUGAAGCUCCUGUUGACUCACUGUUGCAAACUGGUCUUGUAAAACACCUUCUGAAGUACCUACGUGAUCUUGAGCUCCCAAGUACAAUCAGAAAAGCGAUUGCAAAGGAACAAGGAGAUCAACAACCAGCCCUUGCAAGUGCAAAAGUCUGCCCAUACAACGGUUACAGGAGAGAUAUAGUUGCCAUCAUUGCCAAUUGCUUGCACGGAAGGAAACAGGUGCAGGAUGAGGUUAGGCAGCUAAAUGGGAUCAUGUUGCUAUUGCAGCAGUGUGUCAUUGAUGAAGGAAAUGCAUACUUGAGGGAGUGGGGUUUGCUAGCUGUGAAGAACUUGCUUGAAGAAAAUGAGGAAAACCAGAAGGAGGUCUCUGAACUUCAGAUGCAAGAACCAAUCUUAACUCCAGAGAUUGCAGAUAUAGGCCUAAGAGUGGAGAUCGACAAGAAAACUGGACAUCCAAAACUGGUCAAUUCCUCCUGAUGUAGAAAAGUACUUGUGAUCGGCAAUGCCUGGACAUACUAUCUGGAUGCAUGGUUAACUUUGCACAUGAAGAUGAUGCUACUAGUAUACGAGAUAUCAAGAUUUUUCACUUUGGUCCUGCUUUGUUGGAGAAGAAAACCAGGGGAAACUUCUAUGGUCAUCGUUCCUCUAGACAUCAGUGAGAGAAAUGUAAAUGUUGUGUGCUGUUGCCCCAGGGGGGAAUAGGCGAAUAGCGGUUAUAUUCUCAUGAAGUCUGCCAUCUUGAACUUUAGUGUUGGCUAUGGCUAACAGAUUCCACUAGUCUGCCAUUUUAAACUUUUGUAGUGAGCUAUGACUACCAGAGAUUCAAACAUUUUAUGCAAGACACAAAAUGUUACAGAUU